AUGUCAUCAUUCACCGGUGUAUCCGUCGUCGAAGACCACGUGGGGUCCUAUUGCAGAACAUCGGCCGUCGAGGCCGGCACGGACAGCGGCUACCAUCUCCUUAUGGUCAAUGGCUACUCGCGUACCAAAGAAGAGAAGCCCACCGGCAGGAGCAUCAGCUCUGGUGCUUUUGUGGUCGGAGGAUAUGCUUGGUUACUAGAGUACUACCCCAAUGGCAAGCACCCGAACUGCGCCGACUUCAUCUCUCUCUUUCUAUCCCUUGUCCACGACGAUAGCAAAGUGGAUAGCAAAGUGGAUGCCACCUUCAGUUUUUGUCUCGUCGACCAGGUUGAGAAGCAGAUGCCAAUGUACAUUCAUGCAACUAAUAAAGCUACCAGGUUCGAGAGUGCUGGUGAUUAUUCCUGGGGCAUCAGUGAGUUUCUCCGAAGAGAUGCCCUUGAACGAUCGGCGAAUCUGAAGGGUGAUUCUUUCACCAUCCGGUGUGACAUAAUGGUUUGCGAGGAUUCCAAUACCGAGGAUCCCGGUGGUCACGACACCAAGGUGCUCGUGUCUGACUUGGACCAGCAUUUUAACAUUCUCCUUCAGACCAAGGUGGGUGCUGAUGUGACAUUCGAGGUUAGUGGCGAGACGUUCACUGCACAUCGUUGUGUGCUUGCAGCCCGGUCUAAAGUCUUCAUGGCACAACUCUUUGGUCCCAUGAAGGAAGGCACUAGUACGUCCGGUGUCAUACAUAUCAAAGACAUGGGAGCAAACGUGUUUAGGGCGUUGCUUAGAUUCAUCUACACGGAUUCAUGCCCUGAGAUAGACAACGAUUACAUGGAGGAGGAGCAAGAAAUGUCACAAGGUCUGGAAGAAGGACAAGAAGAUGAAACAAUUAAGGAUGAUAUGUGGCUGCAACGGCUUCAAGACUUGUUUGUGGCGGCGGAUAGGUACGAUCUCCAACGACUCAAGUGCAUAUGUGAAAUGCAAUUGUCUGAUAACAUAGGUGCGAGCUCGGUGAUGUCCACUCUUGCUCUAGCCGAGCAACACCACUGCCAGGGAUUGAAGGAGGCAUGCUUGAAGUUUAUACAAGUCCAGUCUUCCUCGUGCAUGCAAACAGUAACAACGACAGAUGGCUGGGAUCAUGUAGUGUCAACAUAUCCCUCGGUUUUGAAGGAGCUCUUCGUCAAGCUUGCUUCAAAACAACAGAAGUAA